AACCAAGGAGCCAGACAUCGAGAACGAACCGGCACGUACGUACAUACAUACGCCCAAGCGCGGAGAUUAAUACACCGUCGUAUCAGGAAAUGGAGUACUCUGCAGGCAGAGAUCGUAGGAGCCGGCUCUGCUGCUUGCUCGGAGUCGUCGCAGCCGUGCUGCUGUGCCUGGGAACCGCGGCGAGCGGCGAGCUGACGGACGACUUCUACGACGACUGCUGCCCCAACCUGGACAGGAUCGUCCGGGCGCGCGUGUCCGCCGCCAUGAAGGCCGAGCCCAGGAUGGGCGCCUCUCUGCUCAGGCUCCACUUCCACGACUGCUUCGUCAACGGUUGCGACGGGUCGAUCCUGCUGGACGGGAGCAACAGCGAGAAGCUGGCGGCGCCGAACCUGAACUCGGCGAGGGGAUUCGAGGUCGUGGACGCCAUCAAGGCCGACAUCGAGCGCGCGUGCCCCGGGCACGUUUCAUGCGCCGACGUCCUCGCGCUCGCCGCUAAAUAUGGCGUACUGCUGAGUGGAGGGCCUGAUUACGAUGUUCUCCUGGGAAGAAGGGACGGUCUGGUGGCGAAUCAGUCCGGAGCUGACAGCAACCUGCCGGGGCCGGACGAUUCGAUCAGCGAUAUCACAAAGAGGUUCAAGGACGUCGGCUUGAAUACAACCGACAUGGUCGUCUUAUCAGGAGGCCACACGAUCGGGCGAUCCCGGUGCGCGCUCUUCAGCAACCGGCUGGCCAACUUCUCGGCGACCAACUCGGUGGACCCGACGCUGGACUCGGCGCUGGCGUCCAGCCUGCAGCAGGUGUGCCGGGGCGGGGACGGCAACCAGACGGCGGCGCUGGACGACGGCUCCGCCGACGCCUUCGACAACCACUACUUCAAGAACCUGCUCGCCAAGAAGGGCCUCCUCUCCUCGGACCAGAUCCUCUUCUCCAGCGCCGACGCCGCGGCCGCCACCAAGGCGCUCGUGCAGGCCUACGGCGCCGACAGCCAGCGCUUCUUCUGCGACUUCGGCAACUCCAUGGUCAAGAUGGGCAACAUCGCCCCGCUCACCGGCUCGGCCGGCCAGAUCCGCAAGAAAUGCAGAGCAGUCAACUGAGCCCAGGCCAGCAGCAGCUUAGCGUGCAUUGACCGCUGCAUCUAGCUAGCUAUAGCAAAGGAGUCAUUCAGUCAGAACGUUCGCUUGGAUGUGUGUUCGUGUGGAAGUGUCAGGUCUCGUGUAGUGCAUGUUCCGUUGGGUUCAAGCUACGAUUCUCCAACCAGGAUGCAUCAAUUCGGACCGAUGAGUGGUAGCUAUCAGGGGCUCCGCUGUAGCAUGCAUGCAUGCGCCUACGGUUUGAUCAGUAGGUGUGUGUCUGCUCAAUGAUGUUCUCGAUCUCAAAGUCCUGAGCAAGAAAGUGAAAUUAAACUCUACGUCAGUUGCUAACGA